GCUCGUCGAACUUCAUCAGUUUGGUUUCGACUACGAUUUCGACUUGCCAACAAUGUAUUCGAAGAGUUUCUACGCGUUGUUCCUGCUGGCGCUGGUCGCCUGCCAGGCCGCACCCUCGCCCAAGAUAAUCGAGAAAUCAACCAGCGAGACGGCGACUAAGCUCACCAAAGAAGACAUUAAACCAGAAGAUACUGGCGCGGACAAGGAUAGAGCAAAAAAAUCGACAACCUUUUGCGUGGAAGUCCGCUCAGGAAAGGAAGAGAUGGUUCCCUGUAAGCAGGAGAUCCCUGUAAAAGAGAUGCAACAAGUUCUAAAUCUCAAGACUCUUGACUACAAACCAAUGGCAACCGUCAUGCAACCCGUUCCCACAUCCGUACAAUAUCCAGUUUCGAAUAUCCUGGUCCAACAGCCGCAAAUAUCGCAACUCUCUCCGAGUUUAAGUUUGUUGCAACAACCUUCUCAAUUUGUUGUACACUCGACUCAGCCUCAACAGCAAGUUCCUCAACAGCAAGUUCCUCAACAGCAAGUUCUUCAACAGCAAGUUCCUCAACAGCAAGUUCUUCAACAGCAAGUUCCUCAGCCACUCACUCAACAGCACGUUAUUCAUGUUCAAACUCAACCGCAAGAAACAGCUUCAGCAUCAGUUUCUCAAGUUCAAUCGCAACAACCCACAUUGUCUGCUCCAGCAUCAGCCCCUGCUCCAACGCCAAUCAUUAACAUCAUACCAGCUCCCGCCUCCGCGCCCUGUGAAAAAUCGGGAGUCCCCCAGCAACCCCAACCAUUACCACCACAACACAUUCAUACAGUCCACGUCGUUCAACCAACCCAACUGAUAUCACAGUUGUCCAAACAAGAGACCAGACCGACAAAAUUGGAACAAGAAAAGCCACAGGUCCUGCCGGUUUCGCAUCAGGGAUUGAGUGUUUUAACGCCCGCCGCACGUCCUUGCAAAACCGAAAUGUUACUUGCACCGUCUUCUCCUAUGGAACUUGUUUACCAUGAAGAAGAGCCAACAAGGCUUGUUGAGUACGUACCAGUACAACAAGAAUUAUACGAGUGCAGUUGUCGAUCCGACCAGCAGAAGACCAAGCCUUCUAAGCAUCACGUAAUGUUACAUUCCGGGUCUUACAGCGGGUCUAGAUCCUUUAGGUCUCCGAUGAUGCUACAAUACAAUCCUAGCAUCGGAGAAAGUGAAGAAUCGCCCAUAAUCGCACAGGCCAGAGAAAUGGAAGGAAGGCAUCAUCAUAAAAAACUCCCUUUGCAUCUCACGGUGCAACAACCCAUCGUAUAUAGUCCUUCUAAAAAUCCUCCUACAUAUGAAUCUAACUCGUAUCAGUCUAUGACAUAUAUUACAAGUCCUUAUACCUUUUCAUAUCCUUAUGAAACCCACAGCUCUUACCCUACGACAAAUUACGACUCUUCUUCUUCUCAACUCUAUAGUAGCGUACCGUUGAUCACCGUAAACACAGGGGGACCAUUUCAAAGGAAUUCAGAAGAUCAAAAUUCGGAAGAGAUUUCGGCGAAUAAUAAAAAUAUACAAGAAACUCUUUCAAAUGCAAAUCUCUCCAGCAAUCAAAAGCGAGAGGUUAUUAAUACUCAAUUGAGGAAUGAUAAGCAGAAAGAAACCGCAGAAGGACUACAGGUGGAAAAGGAAAGUGGCAUUAAGCAGAUAAUUCCAAAAACCGAUGCAGAUGAAAUUUUGAAACAAAAAGAAGAAUAGAAUAAACUCUCAAAUCUUAAAGGCAUAGAUAUGGCUAAAUAAUUUGUUAAUUAACUUAACGUAAACAUAUAUUUAAUCACUAGAUAUCUUAUUAUUUUUAUAUAAUAUUAUUAAAUCGUUCUUGUCUAAUAAUUUUUUUAAUUUUUUACAUCGUAAAUUUUAUAUAUCAUAAAUUUUAUAAGAAAUGGAAAUUCUCUCUUUUAAUAAAUAUAAUAAAAUAUUAUCUUCUCUUUCAA